AUGGGAAAAAAGAAGAAUUACUACAAGAACUUGCAUGCGCUAGAUCUAAAAUCGCAAAACUUGCGGUAUUUCUGUAUUCUGCUAGAGAAUAGAGAAUCGCAGGAUUACGAGGCCGAUGAAAGUGAUUUUUCUAUUCAAGGUAGUAGAGAACAAAGAAGAAGAAUUGAAAAUUCAAGCAGCAAUAAUGAUGAUUUGUCUGACUACGAACAAGAGGAUAAUCAGCCCAGUGAGGAGAAUGAGGAGGCGGAGGAGGAGAUCAGCGAGGAGGAGGAUGAGGAGAGAAGCAAAACAGGCGAUAAUAUAAAUUAUCAAGGAGUCGAUAAGGAAAGAGAUGAGGAUAUCCAGCCUCCUGAGUACAGCGAUACUUCUUUUCCAACUGGUGUCUACGACAGCCUAAAAGAUCUAGCGGAGGCUAUAAAUAGUGUACCUGAACUUCACAGACAUCUACAUAUAGCGCCAGCAAAAAAGAAAAGAGGCUACUACAACCUACGAAAAAUCUGCGAAUGUGAGGAAGCUCAUUACUAUAGUUUUAGCGAAAAAGUUAAACGUAUAUUUGGCUUUGAGAAUGAGAAGUCUAGGCUAGAAGAUUUUAUAACCUUGAAACCACAGUCACCAGAGUCACGAUAUACAACAAUCACAGGGAACAGACCUGCUUGUUUAGCAAGAGCUAUAUCAGAUCAAUUUUUUGUCUACUCUGAUAUUUGCAUUCCAUACACAGUCGGUGAUAUUCAAGCAUCACUUUUACGUAUAGUGGUAUUGGAUAAUUCCAAGUAUAAACCGGGUGUAACUAUGGUCAAACAAUUUGCACCUCCUAAUUACAUACCACUGCUGAACAACACGUUUCAAAAUGUUACAAUAGAUAUAAGAGAUCAGCAUGGUAAUCAUAUACCAUUCAAGUACGGGACGUUGACAGUUACACUUCACUUUAAACGCUGUCAGUAG